AUGCAAGAUUUUACUAGCAUUUUGAACAUUAUAUUCAUAAUCAGUGGCGGAGUGUUAACGUUUGUGAUUCUAUUUAUUUUUGCUAAGCGACAGAUUACAAGAUUUGCUCUUCGUUCUAGGCGAGGUCCUCAUGUUACUAUUGGAACUGAUGCUAAAAAGUGUCUGAAAAAGGAAAUAGAGAGGCGUAUUGAGGCUGUACCGAGAAUUGUAUAUGAACCACGCUUAUUAUGUGCAGAACCAUCACAUUACAUAUUAGAGCCCCAGCAGCCAUACCAUUAUAGAUUUAGAGCAGUAGACGAUGUUAAAACUUUAGAGGAUGAGAUAGCCCGUCAAGACCCGGGUCUCAAACGUCAUCCAAAGGAGUCUCUUCGGGCAUUCCUUCUAUCUUCACUAGCUGCUCCCCUUGAUGGUCUUGGGCAGAAGUUGGUGCAUCAGUUCUGUGAUGCCUAUGAGUCGGCAAGACACCAUCCUGCCGAGUUUAGUGAAGAUGAAUAUAGGGCAUAUAGCCGAUUGCUUUUAAAAUUGUUGGAUGCUGGGACGACUAUUCAACACGACCAGGGCGAGUUAAGGCGUAGGACCGACGACUUUAUCCAGCUCUGCCUCUACAUGGGGGCAAAACAUCGCCAAUUUCCCAACUCCGGGCUCGCGCGGCUGCUGAAGAGCGUGUCGUGCGCGCGCGCCUCCCCGCAGCGCCGCCGCCGCCCCGCGCGCCUCGCGCACUACGCCGCGCUCGAGAACAUGCCAGUAGAAGCCAAAAUAGAGGAAGAAGUUAUUCGUGUUCCAAUAAAGAGUCCCGUAGAAAUAAAAGGUCCGGCAGAUGAGACGGCGCUC